AGAAAGAUAUUUCGCCCAAGUGAAUGAAUCCAUCUAGCAAUAACUCGGAUUCAGUUGGAUACCGAAUCCAGACAGUAUCCGUUGACCUAUUGGAUGGGAGAUGCACCUUCAUCGAAUCAACCCAAAGAGGCAGACAGACCCCAAAAUACAACCCCCACGCGGAGGCAUUUGAUCCAUACAAAUGGCAAAGGCUGGCAGGCCAAGGGACGCUUCUGAAAAGCAGAACAAGUGCGCCGUGCGCGACUCCAUUACUCAGAAGUUGGGUGAUGAUUCCUCGCACUGGACAGUCCAGACUCUUUCCUUUUGGGUUGGCUUCGACAUUUCUGAGUUCUACUAUUUCUACUGCCGAAAUGGCACAGGGCGCGGAUGCUAAAGUUAGCGAUCCUGGAGGAGGAAGCGAGAGCGAAAGCAAAGUUCCUAGUGAUGCUACGAAGGAAAGGCUGUCGGAUUCUAUACUCCCCCACAUCCUGAAUCUGUAUGCGUCGUCUGCUACAGCUCAUGAUUUUGAAAUUUAUGCUCAACAUGCAACCUUUGAGGACCCACUUAUGUGUGCUCAUGGUGUCAGGCAAAUCAAAUCAGCCUUUUAUUCGCUUCCAAAGGUAUUUAGUGAAUCUAAGAUUUCCGAGUACAGCAUACAGGAAAGUUCAACAUCACCUGGGAAUGGAGAGAUACUUAUCGACAAUAAGCAGCACUACAAGUUUCUAGGAAUGCAUAAGGACAUUGAUUCUCUUAUCAAGUUGCAAAUUGAUAAUGGGAAGGUCAUCCGUCAUGAGGACUGGUGGGACAAGAAACCAUUGCUGAACAGAGAAACAGCUACAUUCCCGUUGGCUGGAUGGGUUGUUGAAAAAGUUCGUCGUGGAUCGAUGCUUGUGACUCAUGCCAUGAUGGGUUUUGGAAAAGACCCUAAUCCAUGAUUUUCAACUCAGAAAGAAGCGAUAAUUUUCCUUCAAUAAUUUUGUUAAAUGAUAUCUGUACAUAUGGGGGCGUAUUUGUGAAGUAAGAUCAUCUGUGAACCAUAUUUCUCCGCUAUAUAUAUAGUUUGAUUUAGAAUUUC